AUGGCUGAGGAGCAAAUUCAACAUUUCAGUCACAAGCAUCCAUUGAUAUUCAAGAAGGAGCAGAACGACAGUGGCUUGGUUUUUUGCUCAGUGUGCGAGGACCCAGUGCUUGGCUCAAGCUACACUUGCAACCAAUGCAGCCCGGCCUUCAUUCUCCAUAAAUCUUGUGCAGAUAAAAUAACUCGUGAGAUAGACAACCCGAUCCACCCCAAACACCCACUUAGUCUCCAACCACCCCAAAAUGGCAACUUCUGUAGUGACUGUAACCAACCAUGCAGCGGCUUCAUCUACUAUUGUCGUGUCUGUAAAUUCGGAAUAGACCUCAAAUGCGCUUCAAAGUGGAAAAACUACUGUCAUGACCACAAAUUCACCGUCCUGAAGAACCGUACUAUUAAAUUCACUUGUGAUGUCUGUGGCAAAAAUGGCGACGUCGACUUAUACCUCUGUGGCAUCUGCCAGCUCAUGGUGCAUAAGCAAUGUUCUUGGCUACCACUCCAUGUCAAAAUAGGAUACCACAAUCACAGACUCAAGCUCACCUGGAGCUUUGAAGACACUUACCCCAAAAACCAACGUUUCUGCUCCGUUUGCAAUGGACUCAUGGACCAAAGCCGCGCUGUUUAUUAUUGUCAUGAAUGUCGCAGUUAUGUUGCCCACAAUACAUGCGCCAUAAAAAAUGCUCAAAUCACUGACGCCACCAAGACCACUCCCGACGACAACUCCAAACAUAAGAACAACCAAACAAAAUCAGAACCAGCUGCGCAGAUCAAUCAUUUUAGUCAUCAACAUCGCUUAACCCUCAUCACUGAUCAUCAUGAGGUAGAUAAAGAUAAAGAUGAUGAUCACCUUGAUGAUAGAAUAAAUACUUGUAAUGGUUGCAUGCGGCCCAUCACUACUACAGAUGCCUUUUAUAGAUGUGCAGGACAAGAAGAGUCGUCAUGUCAUUUCUUUCUCCACUUAAUUUGUGCCCAAUUCGAUCGAAAGAGGCAUUUUGAACUUCACAGGAAGCACGAGCUCACACUCCUUCCGAGGGCUCCUUCUAUUGAUGGCGUUUUUAGGUGUUACAUGUGCAAUACUUUUAGCCAAGGCUUCGGAUACUACUGUGAUAAUAGGGACGUCUGUGACGUCUACAUUAUCAAGGAGGAAGGCUUCUACCUUGACCUUCACUGCAGUAUUCUUUGGGAAUAUAAUAAGUCUCUUAAACAUGAGGCACAUCAUCAUGACCUCUACUUCAAAAUAAAACGGGGUAGAAGUUCUAAUCAAUGUAAGGGUUGUGGUGCUUCUAAGCACAUUGGUUGGUUCAGUUGUACUAUUUUGGCAUGCAACUUCAACCUUUGUAUUCCAUGUGUUAAAUUACCUCUCACAGCCCAGCACAGAUACGACGAUCACCAUCUCAAGCUCACCUAUAGUGUUACAGACAUGCUAGCUGAACAUUAUUGUGAAAUAUGCGAAGGACCACGAGAUCCGAAAUAUUGGUUCUACUCCUGCUCAGAUUGCGACUUUCAUUGCCAUCCUCAUUGCAUUCUAGGGAGGUAUCCGCAAGUCAAGUUAGGGGGAGCUUAUAAGCACGACGCUCACCCACACACUGUUACUCUUGUUUAUAAGGAAAGGAGUGUCAUUCCUUCUGAUAAAAGGGAGCACAUUCUUGAUUGUCAAGAAUGUGGUAAACCAUGUGAAGGGUUGGUCUGGGAAUGUUCCGAGUGUAAUGCCAAUAUCCACCGAAAAGGUUACUGUAUAUCCCACUAA